AUGUAUAUCAAUGAAGAUAAUGGUUCAUAUGAAUAUAUUGAUAUUGUUAAUGCUGAUAAUGAUGGUUUAGGAUGGUACUUUGAAGGAGGUUUGAAUGUAAUGUAUGGAAAGAAAAAUGAAAACGGUAAAAGAGAAGGAAUCUGUACUUUCUAUAAACUACCGAACAAAAAUGAGUUGGAUUCAAUAUUCAAAGGAAUGCGUGUUGAAUAUGAUGAAAAGAAACUGGAAUCGUAUUUGACAAAGAAAGUAACAUACAAGAAUGGUGUUCUCGAAGGUAAUGCAUGUUAUAAUGUGAAUGGAACUAGAAUUGAAAUGGUUAUGAAGAAUGAGAAUGGUUAUGAAGGUAUAAGAUAUGAAAAAGGAAGGACUAUUAUUUAUAAUGAUGAUGCUUGCGUGAAACGAUUAACAACUGAAAUCUAUCGAGGAAGUAUAAUCAUAUAUGAAUAUAAUGAUGGAAAAAUGGAAUACAUUUAUGAUGGUCAAGGAGUAGGAGAAUUAUUGAUAAACAAAGAUUAUAGAUGUUGGUUUGAAGGUGAAUGGCGUAACAAUAAGAUGUAUAAAGGCAAGCUUCGAUUUGCUAAAGAUGGUCGUAUAAUCGAAGGUGAAUGGCUAAAUGGCGAGAUUGAUCCACAAUUUGAAUACACAAUCCGAUUGAAUGAAAGAGACUAUAAAAAGAGUACACUAUAUAGAAAUUAUGGAGAACACAACGUGACUGAAUGCAAUAUCGAUGGAAGAGAAUACAAGUUGGAAAAGAGAGAUCGUUUUAUCUAUUGUACAGUGAAAAGUGGCACCGAAUUACUCUACGAAGGAUUUGUGAUGAGUAAAGCAAAUUCAGAACACUUGAUAUCGAAUACUGGAAUGGUACCUAAUCGAUUUGUGAAAUGGGAAUACAUCCCACAUGGAGCAGGCCAAGAAUAUGAAAAUGGGAAAUUGAAGUAUGUAGGUAGUUAUGUGUUUGGAAAACGUGAAGGAAACGGAACAGAAUACAAAGAAGAUGGAAAAACACUAUUACUUUAUGGAAAUUGGAGAAAUGACCAAUAUGAGAAUGCAGCUUAUUAUCAAAACGAUUUAAAGAUAGAAUGUAACUUUGGUGAAUUUACACAAGUUCAUAACGCUUCGAUUUAUCAGAAUGCAAUAGUGUCCAAAAAUGGUAUACAAUUGUAUCAAGGCUCGAUACAUUUUGUGGGACAUGAUAUGAAGCCAGUCAAAGGAAUUUGGUACAUAAGUUUCCUUGGUAAUUCUCGGUAUUCUAUGAAAUCAUCUGAGUUGCGAGACAAUAAAAUCCAUAUCAAGAAUGCUAUGUUUGAAUACACUGGUUCGAUAAAACUCGAAGAUUUUGAUUUCAAUCUGUCAAUAGAAGGAGAGGGUGAAUUGAUGUAUGAUGGGUUUGCAUAUAAUGGUGAAUUUGAAAGUGUUGAAACUAUAAAAGAAUGCACACUAAGUCGAGUCAUGUCCAAUGGUCAGAAAGUACCAUUUUAUUAUGGUGAAGUGAAAUGGUUGAUGAUGUAUGCUGGAAUUCUAUUUGAUGCCAAUAAUAUUUCUGAGGGAUUAUUUAAAGAUAAUAAAUUGAUCAAUGGAUAUGUUUUCGAUACUGCUGGUUAUUUGAAACAAAUUGUAGGAGAUCCAAGUGGUUAUGAAGCACUUUAUUCUGAGAAGAAGUACAAGUAUCGCGAGUUAUUCCAAAAGAAUCAUGGAGUUGUUUUACGUUAUUCAACAACUCAAUCUACUGCUACGAAUCGAUCCACACCCAAUGUGGGCAAUCCUAGCAAUCAAUCUACAUCCAAUGUGGGCAAAUAUAGAAGUCAACCCACACUCAAUGUGGCAACCUCUAAAAAGACUGAUACUCAAGAGAAAAAGAUUGCUAAUGGUUCUGCCGUUAUCUACAACGAAGGUGGUAAGUGCUUAAUCAGAAUGACAUAA